CAAGUGAACACACAGAGCUGGUGACAGCUGGAACGCAAAUACAGAAAUAGACGGGAAGUGAUUGCUGUAGGUGUGGUCUUUACAAGAAAUGGCCUCCUUCUAAGUUUCCAGAUUCUUGAAAUGUUCCUGGGAAAAUGUCCUGAAUCUAUGUUAUUAAAACUGAAAGCUACAGGAAAGUGAACAGUAGUGGCUAUAAAAUAUACAGAACAUAAUGCACUAUGUCAUAGAAGACAUGACUGAGAAGAUUCCAUUUCGAGAAGAAACUCAUCUGAAGGCGACACACAUACCCACAGAAUCACAAAUUGGUUCAGUUCAUAUUAAGGGAAAACCAGUCCCAUAUGACAGAGGAAACCUUUCAGACACUGGUGAUAACUUUUUUACAGAUCGUGUACCAUAUACAUAUGUUUGUAUUAAGGAGGAACCAAUCUCAUGUGAUAAAAUAAAUCUCACAGAACUCACAGAUUAUUUAAAGCCUCCCCCUAUUCAUAUUAAGAAAGAGCUAGUCUCAUGUAAUGGAGGACAAUCCACUAACCCAGGCAUGUUUAUUCCCACAGAUCAUCCACCAUAUCCAUUUUAUUAUAUUAAGAAAGAACCAACCUUAUGUGAUGGAGAAAUCAGUGAUCACUACAUUUAUACAACCACAAAGCAAAACCAACAAUAUCCAUCUACUCAUGUUAGGAAAGAUGAACAUUUUGCACAGAAGAUAAACAUUGACACCCAUCAGAACAUCUACACUCAGCAGAGGUCAUUUUCAAGUGAGUGUGGGAAUGGUUUUACUGGUAGAACCCACUAUAUCACCCAUCAAACAAUUCACACUGGAGAAAAGCCAUUCUCUUGUUCUUACUGUGGGAAAGGCUUUUCCCAAAGGUCCUAUUUCCUUUCACAUCAGAGAAUACACACGGGGGAACGACCCUUCUUUUGCAUCAAGUGCAGUAAAAGUUUUCGAAUAAAGAGUAGCUUGAGCAAGCAUUUGAGGACUCACAAACUUGACAAUCCAUAUAUUUGCCCUCUGUGCAAGAAAACCUUCAUCCACAAGGGACAUUUUGUGGCCCAUCAGAGGAUUCACAUGGAAGAGACAAGAUUCUCCUGUCUUUUCUGUGAAAAGGUCUUCAUUCAUCAUGGACAUUUUGUUGCUCAUCAAAGAAUCCAUACAGAAGAGAAAAGUUUUUCAUGUUCCUACUGUGACAAAACUUUUAUCCAUCAUGGACAUUUUGCAGCUCACCAGAGAGUUCACACUGGUGAAAAGCCAUUUCCAUGUUCUGAUUGUGGAGCUUGUUUUAGUACUCACCAUAAUCUGGUGGUCCAUCAGAGACUACACUCAACUCCAGCCAUUAGCUUUUACUGAUCAUAGCUUAUUCUAAUGAUGAAAGGUGCUUCUUUCAUAUACAAAAUUGAGCAAUUUACUGGUGAACAUGCAUCUAAUCAAUAUUGAACAUGUCUGUGUUAAAAAUAUUUCUGGUACAUGAAUGAACCUACCGAAAUGUCCUUUUCAAUUUAGAAGAAUUAAGUGUAAAUGAUAAACCAAGACAGUAUUUAUUAGGACACUGCUUGACUACAGUUGGAUUCCUAUUUAUGAAUCUUCUAAAGCUUAACAUUUUGAGAAUACAUUCAAGGCUAACUCCUCUCUUUUUAACUCAAAUAUCCCUCUUCCUUGAAUGCACCGCUUACAAGCCUCUAUGAUGCUGAGAUAUAGGGAGAUGAUCGUGGGGUAUCACACUGUAGUACUAGUGAAGAUAUGCCUGUGCCAUGGAGGGAACACUGAGGGGCAGUUAUCAAUGUAUGUACGCCACUUUUUGGCAUUAAAAAGUCACAAAUGGUGCUAUAUGACGCUAUAUUUGCGCCAUCAUCUGCAACGUUUUGGGUUUCUUGACACUUUUCUAAAGUAGCAAAAAAGGGUUAGGUUUAGUGGGAGAAGUGGAGCCUAUCCCUGCUCCCUAGAUUUACUAUCACUCACCGCAGAAGCUACGAGGCUUCUGUCUCUUAAUAAAUUAGGCACGUCUUACUCCAGUGCACAGGGAAUCAAGUCUUAAUAAAUCUACCCCCCACCCCCAACUUUUUUUUAAUACCUCUAACCUGCAAAACCAUUGUUAGUUUAAUUGACUUAUGAAAUCAUCCUCACAGAGAGAUAAUGAACACACAGUUGAUACAUCUCUUGGUAUGAAGUUAGAAACCAUUGUAACAGGGUAUGUUCACAUCUGCACUGGAUGCUCUGUUCAGCGUCUCCAUUGCAGAAUUUGUUAAGAAUGCAUGCAGGAAUUUUUUCUCUGCUAAAAAAGCAUUUUCCCAAAUGCCAAUGUAAUCAUGGGAUCUGUUCAUCUCCUUUCCUGUCAUUUACAGUAUGUGCCGAGUUCAACACUUCCAUUAUUUUUGUUGUUCUGCUCCUAUAACUGAGCAGAAUAAUGGAAAUAACUGAUGUGAAAGAGGGGGCACAUAACUUUUAUAAUGUACAUAGGAGUUUCUAGGUUAUAGGCAAUUUUUUAUUUCUUAAUAGUGUCUUCCUUUAGUGUAGAAGGUUAUGAUCCCAUUAUUUAAAGGUGUAUGCCACUGUAAAUACUCCUGUCAGGAAUGGAAGCUACACAGCUACCCUUUUACUUAGGUUGAACUGUAGUGACAUCAGAACCAGGAUAAGGGAUCAUUUAUUACCAAAAUAACUGAUUCAGUUGUGUUUUUCCUGUUAUUUGGAUUAUACACUCCCCAUAUAUUCCAACAUAUUGUUUUGUAAUGUUUGUGCAUGUUUAUGUGUCAUGUA